ACAAUGACAACAUGUGACCACAUUCUAUUUCUUUCUCUCACGGUUUUAUCUUUGUCUUGACUUGAUACUUUGUUUUGUUAAAAUUUUUGAAAAUUCUUUUUCCUAAUAAAAAUGGAUCAACAUUCAAGAGGUUAUAAAAAUCGAGGUAGUGAUAUCGAUGAUGUACGUCGUCGUCGCAAUGAAGCAACGGUUGAAUUGCGGAAAAACAAACGCGAAGAUGCAUUGCUCAAAAAACGUAAUAUUACCAUCACAAACGAUUGCCCAGAUGGUGGUCAUGUUGAUGGAGUAAUCGAACCAAAAUUGGCACUUGAAGACUUAAAUUCUUUGGUUAUUGCAGCCAUGAGUCCUGAUCCAGAUAAAAAACUGAUGGCCAUCAAAACUGCUCGAAUGUUGUUAUCGUCUGAUAAAAACCCACCUAUCGACGAAAUAAUCGCAGCCGGAAUUUUGCCAACUUUGAUCGAUGCAUUAAAAUACAGUAAUUUACCAACGUUGCAGUUUGAAGCGGCAUGGGCGCUCACCAACAUUGCCUCGGGGACCUCGAUUCAAACAAGGAAAGUUGUUGAUGAAGGAGCAGUUCCGUUGUUAGUAAAUUUGCUCUUGUCGCCCAACGAGAAUGUUUCCGAUCAAUCGCUUUGGGCGUUGGGCAACAUCAUAGGUGAUGGUCCCGAUCUUCGUGACUUUGUCAUCGAAAAUGGUGUUCUCGAGCCUUUGAUCACGAUCUUACAUCGUUACCCCUCUCCAUCUUUUGUACGUAACCUGUCUUGGGUAAUUAUUAAUAUGUGUCGUAACAAGAAUCCACCACUUGCGAUUACCGUAUUGGCGACCAUAUUGCCUGUAUUGCAAAACCUUUUAGAGCAUUCACAGGAUACAUCUAUCCUUAUCGAUGUUGUAUGGGCCAUUUCUUACAUAACAGAUCAUGGUAAUGAACAAAUACAAAUGGUUAUCGAUUCCGGCCUCGUCUCCUUUAUCAUACCACUAUUACAUCAUGAAGAUUUAAAGAUACAAACACCGGCAUUGCGUGUUAUUGGUAACAUCGUGACCGGUACAGACGAUCAGACACAAUUCGUACUCGAUUCGAAUGUGCUCGCUUAUUUGCCACCAUUGUUGAACCAUCCAAAAGAGAAGAUCAAAAAAGAGGCACUAUGGUUUCUGUCCAAUAUAACCGCCGGCCGUGUUGACCAAAUUCAGACAUUGAUUGAUCACAACAUAAUACCGACCAUAAUCGAAAACCUAGAUGUUGGCAGUUUUCAACUACAACGGGAAGCAGCCUGGGCUAUUUCCAAUAUGACCAUGAAUGGUACGAAAGAACAGGUCAGAUAUCUAGUUGAACACGGAGUCAUAGAGCCCAUGUGUAAAUUACUAACCGUCAAAGAUACUCAGAUUUUGCAGAUCUUACUCGAAGGUCUUAUAAAGAUAUUCAAUCAUUAUGAAUCAGAAGCAGAUGUGAUUUCUGAUGAAAUUGAAAAAUGUGGCGGUCUAGAUACAAUCGAAUCAUUACAACACCAUGAAAAUCAUGAAAUUUACAAAUUUGCGUUCGAAAUCUUGGAUAAAUUUUUCGAUAGUUCUGCCGUGGAUAUACCAGAACUGGUUCCACAAGCUGACAAUACAGAAUUUAGACUCAACAACAAUAAUAACAACGAAAAUGCUCCUGAUCAACAACAACAGUUUCAAUUUUAAUCUACAAAUCAAAUGAAUCUUUUUUUUACAAUCAUUUUAACUUAUAAUCUACUUGAUUGACAUAAUUUUUUUUUUUUGCUGAAUAAAGUCUUUUUUU